AUGCCCAUCCCUAUUCGAGAUGAUCCCCCAUCAUCACCCCAGGUGAUGAACGCUUUUUACAGACGAUUGUUCCCUUACCGGCCUUUCUUCUUAUGGUUAAACCAGGAUCAAGUUCCAUCAAAGCUCUUCACCCACCGAGAGUUUGCCUUCACUCUAGCAGGAGACGUGUACAUCCGAUACAACUCUUUCCACACUUCUGACGAGUUCAAAAAGGAAUUGAUACGUUUGAAUCCUUCAAGAUUCGAAAUUGGACCUCAAUACUCGGCUAGGCCAAGAGAUAGAAAAACCCUCGCUGCAGGAGCAUUACAACCUCAAAGAAGAGAGCUGGUCUUCGAUAUUGAUAUGACGGAUUACGAUGAGAUACGAACGUGCUGUACAGACAAGAAAAUAUGUAAGAGGUGUUGGGGUUAUAUAGCUGCUGCUGUGAAAGUCUUGGAUCAUGCUUUAAGGGAAACAUUCGGAUUCAAACAUCUCUUAUGGGUGUAUUCCGGUCGACGAGGUAUACAUUGUUGGAUAUCCGACCCAGCAGCUUUAGACCUCAAUGAUGAUCAACGUAAAUCCUUGGUUACAUUUUUGGAAGUGAUUAAAGGUGGUAAAGAACAGGCUAAGAAAGUUAAUGUGAGAGGUAGUAAGGACGAUGCGGAUUUACAUCCUGUUUUGAACGAGGCACUGGAGAACCUGAAGAUGGAAUUUGUAAAACUGGUUUUGCAUGAUCAGGAUUGUUUUGCCACGGAAAGAGGAUGGGAAGCUUUGUUGGCUAUUUUACCCCAAGAUCGAGAGGUUAUCGGUAAUCUGAGAAGAGAAUGGCAGAGCGAUCCCACGAGAUCCAGUGUAGAUAAAUGGGGGGAUCUCCAACAAGCAGUAGGAGGAUUGAAGAAAACUAAUCAACUGCUAUUUAGAAAAUACGAAAAGGCAAUGCAAGAUGUGAUCCUCCAAUAUACAUACCCCCGAAUCGACGCGGAAGUAUCCAAACAUCGAAAUCACUUGUUGAAAGCUCCUUUCUGUGUUCAUCCCGGUACGGGUAGAGUCUGUGUACCUGUUAAUCCGGACUUGGUAGAUGACUUUGAUCCCGAUACUGUCCCUACCGUUGGUGAACUGUUGAGUGAGCUGGAUAGAGCGGCGGCAGUAGAGAAUGGCGAAGCGGGCAGUCAACGACGGAUAGAGGAAUACGAACAAACCUCUUUGAAACCUUAUGUAGAGAUGUUUGAGAAGCAUGUAGCGGCGGUAUUGAGAGAUAGUAGAGGUGUUAAGCGAGCUGCCAAACAAGAAACUAUGGAUUUCUAA